CACCGCGACCAGGAGGAGGAGGAGGGAGCUGGGGCCAGCCAGCCAGAGCAGGGAGGAGGAGGAGGAGGGUACGUUGAGCCUGGGACUGUGCAUGUAGAGCUUAGAAAGAAGAGACGCGGGGAGCGACAGAGAGACACGGAGAGGAAGAGGGAUAUAUGCAGCAGUAACAGCAAGAGCAACAGUAGCAGCAGGAGGAGGGAUCUGCAGCAGCAGCAAACCACCACCCCCGGGUUGCAGGGGCAGGUCCAGCCGGUCCUGGGGGGGGAGGGGGGGAGGACAACUCAGCCUUUUGGGUGCUGACAUUCCCCCCGCCGCUCCCUCCCUCCCUUUCCCUGGGAUUUCGGGGGGGACAGGCUGUGGGCUGCCUCCUUUAUACGACCAACCCCCGCCGCCGCCGCCCGCAUUUUGGGGGGUGCAUUUAUCCUCCCUGCUGCCGCCCCCCAACCCCGGCUCCCCGAGAAUAAAAAGAAGAACCGAAAGGCGUGACUCGAAAAUAAAUAAUCAUUAAAAAAAAAAAGCCGACAACAACCCACACAUAACACCACCCAGGGGAAGAGGAGGAGGAGUGAAGGAGGAGGAGGAGGAGGAACGCGGAGGAGCGGGCAGGAACUUUAAAGCCAGCCCCGAGCUCCAGACCGGUGCUUGGCAGAAGCGACGACAGCGGCGACAGGAGGCGGUGGCGUGUGUGUCGCCGAUCGGGCUGGGUGUGAGUGCGAGCGUGUGUGUCAGUGUGCGAGCGGCCGAGCGGCGCAUCGUCCCAACUCCGGCUGCUGGAAAUGUCCGAGCACAAGGCAAUUGAUCCGAAGUUAUCGACGACGGACCGGGUGGUGAAAGCUGUCCCGUUUCCCCCAAGUCAUCGGCUCACAGCGAAGGAAGUGUUUGACAACGAUGGGAAGCCUCGGGUGGAUGUCUUAAAAGCCCACCUCAUGAAAGAGGGGAGGCUGGAAGAGAGCGUGGCUCUGAGAAUUAUAACGGAGGGCGCGUCGAUUCUGCGACAGGAAAAGAAUCUUCUGGACAUAGACGCUCCGGUCACAGUUUGCGGAGACAUCCACGGACAGUUUUUCGACUUAAUGAAGCUAUUUGAAGUGGGCGGGUCCCCGGCUAAUACUCGCUACCUGUUCCUGGGGGACUACGUGGACAGAGGCUACUUCAGCAUCGAGUGUGUGCUAUAUUUGUGGGCCUUGAAAAUCCUUUACCCUAAAACACUGUUUUUACUUCGUGGGAACCAUGAAUGUAGACAUUUAACAGAAUAUUUCACGUUUAAACAGGAAUGUAAAAUAAAGUACUCAGAACGUGUGUACGACGCGUGCAUGGACGCCUUUGACUGCCUGCCCUUGGCUGCCCUGAUGAACCAACAGUUCCUCUGCGUGCACGGUGGCUUGUCCCCAGAAAUCAACACCUUAGAUGAUAUCCGAAAAUUAGAUCGAUUCAAAGAGCCACCUGCUUACGGACCUAUGUGUGACAUCCUGUGGUCAGACCCCCUGGAGGACUUUGGAAAUGAGAAGACUCAAGAGCAUUUCACUCAUAACACCGUCAGGGGAUGUUCGUACUUCUACAGCUACCCUGCUGUAUGCGAAUUCUUACAGCACAAUAACUUGUUAUCUAUACUCCGAGCCCAUGAAGCCCAAGAUGCAGGGUAUCGCAUGUACAGGAAAAGCCAGACGACAGGCUUCCCUUCUCUAAUUACAAUUUUUUCAGCACCAAACUAUCUAGACGUGUACAAUAACAAAGCUGCAGUAUUGAAAUAUGAGAACAAUGUUAUGAACAUCAGACAGUUCAACUGCUCUCCUCAUCCAUACUGGCUUCCAAAUUUCAUGGAUGUUUUCACUUGGUCUCUACCCUUUGUGGGGGAAAAAGUGACAGAGAUGCUGGUCAACGUCCUGAACAUCUGCUCAGAUGACGAACUAGGGUCGGAAGAAGAUGGAUUUGAUGGAGCAACAGCUGCAGCCCGGAAGGAAGUUAUAAGGAACAAGAUCCGAGCAAUAGGGAAAAUGGCUCGAGUUUUCUCUGUACUGAGAGAAGAGAGUGAGAGCGUGCUGACCCUGAAAGGCUUGACCCCAACCGGAAUGCUGCCUAGUGGAGUACUCUCCGGAGGAAAGCAAACUCUACAGAGCGCUACUGUUGAGGCAAUUGAGGCUGAUGAAGCCAUCAAAGGAUUUUCACCACAGCAUAAGAUCACUAGCUUCGAAGAAGCCAAGGGCUUAGACCGAAUUAACGAGAGAAUGCCUCCCCGCAGAGAUGCCAUGCCCUCUGACGCCAACCUUAACUCCAUCAACAAGGCUAUCUCCUCAGAGACAAAUGGCACAGACAGCAAUGGCAGCAACAGCAGCAAUAUUCAGUGACCCCUUCCUGUUCUGGGUUGUUGGCGGUUUUUUUGUUUUGUUUUCUUUUGGAGCUGCAGGGCAUGAUGGGAUGUUGGUGCCUCUGAUGAUAGCUUACAUGCUGUGGGGAGGGGCAGGUCUUGGAUUCAGUUUACAAUAUCAUCAAAAGAAAAGAGAAAAGAGAUAGUAAACUAUAUUUUGGU